AUUCUCGGUUUACCGCAACUUCUUGGUACAGCAGACAGAUGGCCGCUCAUCUUCUGGUUCACACUCGUACCGGCUAUCUUGCAAAUCAUCACACUGCAAAUGGUUCCAGAGUCACCUAAAUUCACGCUUUGCGUCAGGAGGAAACGUUGAGAAGGCAACGACCGAUCUAGAGAAAUUAAGAGGAACGAAAGAAGUUGGUGCUGAAAUUGAUGCGAUGAAAGAGGAAGCGGCGGCGGCGAAGUCUGCUGCAGCCGAGAAACCUUCAAUGGGCGAUAUGUUCAGGGGAUCGCUGAGAUGGCCUAUGACAAUUGCGAUCAUGUUGAUGCUUGCACAGCAACUCUCAGGUAUCAACGCAACGAUGUUCUAUUCGACCAUUAUCUUCCAACAAGCCGGUUUAAGCACGCAAGGAGCUGUAUAUGCUACCAUUGCUAUGGGUACAGUGAACGUAUUGAUGACAAUUAUUUCUGUAUGGUUGGUGGACCAUCCAAAAGCAGGACGUCGACUGUUGUUGAUUAGUGGUUUGAUUGGCAUGUGGCUAUCUACGGUACUAUUGGUGGUUUGCAUUUCGAUGAGUAUGAGCGGUAACGUAGUUGGCAGCUACGGUGCUAUUGCCUUUGUACUGAUAUUCGUCAUAUCGUUCGCAGCUGGAGCAGGAUCAAUCCCGUGGUUCUUUGUAUCGGAGAUUUUCACCUCGAAUGCACGUGGUAAUGCUAAUUCGAUUGCAACAAUGACUAACUGGGGAGCAAACGUAUUGGUCGGCUUAUUUUUCCUGCCUAUUAAGCAUUUUGAGCAGUA